ACUUUAUUACAGGCUGCACAAUAUCCUACACAAUACUUGAGUCAAAGUUCACAGCGCAGGUAAGAGGAAGAGCUUUGUCCUUAUUUAGAAAGUCUGUCCGGUGCGUCACCGCUGAGUCGUAAAGCUGCGAAGUUACAACUCUGACAAGUGCGGCUUCACUUAAUCACCUCAUACUCAUGGAAUAAACGAUGGAGUUCUUCUGGGGGAAUAUCUUCUUCACUAUAACCGUCAUUAUUGACAGAAUCUGGCACUCACAGUCCUUCAACGUUGGAACUGCAGGUGCCAAGAUUUUCAGUGGACCAGCAGCAGAGGAGUUUGGCUAUACAGUCCAACAAGCAACAAACCAUGAAGGCAAAUGGCUCCUUGUUGGUGCUCCGUGGAGUGGUUUCAGUCGAAACAGGAAGGGGGAUGUUUAUAAGUGUCCAGUCUCAGGGUCCAGAAACAGCUGUGACAAGCUCAAUCUUCAGGAUUCUGUCAGUAUUCCAGAUGUCAAAAACAUUAACACCAACAUGAGUCUGGGUUUGACUCUAACACGGAUGCCUACAGCACCAAAUGGUUUGAUGAUGUGCGGUCCUCUUUGGGCACAGCAGUGUGGCAAUCAGGACUUCUACCCAGGAAUAUGUGCAAAAUUGAACCCCCUAUUUCAACCUCAACCUGCCUUCUCUCCUGCCGUCCAGACAUGUGGAGGGCCUAUGGACAUUGUGAUUGUUUUGGAUGGUUCCAACAGCAUUUAUCCCUGGGCUCCAAUGACCGAGUUCCUCAAGAAACUAAUACCUUCGCUUGACAUCGGGCCCAAAAGCACCCAGGUCAGCGUCAUUCAGUAUGCAGUUGAUCCCAAGUUUCAAUUCAAACUUAACGAGUAUAAAACCAAAGAUGAAGUGGUUGCUGCAGCAUCUGCAAUCGGACAAAUGUAUGGUCAAUCUACCAAUACCUUCAAAGCAAUUGAAUUUGCCAGUAAGGAGGGUUUCCAUCAGACUAACGGAGGCCGAUCGGGGGCUGCCAAGGUGAUGGUUGUUGUUACUGAUGGCGAGUCUCAUGAUGAGAGCAAAAGAGAUUACGUCAUUUCCCAGUGUGAGAGACAAGGCAUCACCCGCUUCGGUAUUGCUGUCCUGGGUUAUUACAUCAGAAACAACAUCGACACAGAAAACCUAAUAAAAGAAAUCAAAUCCAUCGCCAGUUUACCCACAGAAAAGUACUUCUUCAAUGUGUCUGAAGAGGCGGCGCUCUCCACCAUUGCUGGAACGCUGGGGAACCGCAUUUUCAACAUAGAGGGAACUGGAAAGGGGGGCGACAACUUUAAGAUGGAGAUGUCCCAGGUGGGGUUCAGCGCUCACUACUCCAGAAAAAAGGAUGUGAUGAUGCUGGGAGCAGUGGGAGCCUACGCUUGGAGUGGGACUGUUGUCCAUCAAACAGGGUCAAAAGUAGACAUUCUUCCUGUCUCAGCCUUUGAGGCAAUUCUUCAAGAUAGAAACCACAGCUCAUUACUGGGUUACUCAGUCAGCACGCUGAGUGAUGGAUCUACAGAAUACUUUGUGGCUGGUGCACCUCGCUCCAACCACUCUGGACAAGUUAUUGUCUAUACCGUCAAUGCCCAGAAGCAAUCCACCAUCAUAGAUUCAGAAAGAGGGAAACAGAUUGGGUCGUACUUCGGAAGCGUUCUGUGCUCUCUGGAUGUGGACGAAGACGGAAUGACGGACCUCCUGCUCGUUGGUGCACCCAUGUUUAUGAGCGAGCUGAAGAGAGAACAAGGCCGGGUCUACCUCUUUUCUGUCACCAAGGGUAUACUGAACGAGCAGGGAUUCCUCAAUGGUCCGCUCUCCACUGAGAACGCACGUUUUGGGAUGGCCAUAUCCGCCGUUCCUGACCUGGACCUCGACGGUUACAAUGAUGUUGUUAUUGGAGCACCACUAGAGGACAACAAAAGAGGUGUCAUCUACAUCUACAAUGGGGAGAAGAAGACAUUAAACAAAGAGUUCUCACAGAGAAUACUGGGCUCUAAACUGGAUCCUCAAAUGCUGUAUUUUGGAAGGUCCCUUGAUAGCUACCAAGAUCUGAAUGGUGAUAAAAUCCCUGACAUCUCAAUUGGUGCCUAUGGUAAAGUGGUCCAGCUCUGGUCCCGAGGUGUGGCGACAGUUUCAGCUACAGCUUCUUUCAGCCCUGAUAAAAUCAACAUUUUCAACAAACCUUGUGACAUUAACGGACGCAAGCUUUCAUGUUUCAUCACCAGACUCUGUUUUAGUGCAGCCUUCAGGCCCAAGAACCCUGUUGGACCCAUUGAUAUAUCCUACAAUUUGACUCUGGAUGCUGACUUGCAGGCAUCUCGGGUGACCUCAAGAGGACUGUUCACAAAAAACAAUGAACGCUUCCUCUCAGAAAAGGCAAAAAUAUCAUCUACACCCCUCUGUCAAGACUACCAAGUUUACGUUCAGGAGACACCUGAUUUUGUCAAUUCCCUCAGUCUGAAAGUAGAAAUCGAGCAACAGAAUGCAGAUGUGAACCCUGUCCUCGAUAUGUCCUCUCAGAGUGCCUGGGAGUUCUUUAACCCCUUCACAAAAGACUGUGGCUCCGAUGACGUGUGCAUCAGUGAUCUGGUGCUGAAUGUGAAGACAGACACAACGGCAUCCAGCUCAGCUCCUGUUCUGGUCAACGCCAGUAACCAGGAACUGUCAUUUGAAGUCACCGUGAAGAACAAAAAGGAGAACGCCUAUAACACCCAGGUCUUGGUUACAUAUUCCAACAACCUCUACUACUCCUCCGUCUCUCCAUCUACGGAUGGAGUCAAAUGCACCUCAACUCAAACACAAAUUGUCACUUGCCAAGUGGGAUACCCAGCAUUAAAAACAGACCAAGAGAUGAAAUUUAAGAUCAAUUUCGAUUACAACCAGGAGGUGUUGCAAAAUCGAGCCGAGGUGAAAUUUGAGGCUAAAAGUGAUGGUAAAGAGGAGAAACCUGCAGACAACAAUGUGGACAUAACAAUUCCUGUUAAAUAUGAUGCAGGGAUCAGUCUAACUAGGAAGUCAAAUAUUAAUUUCUACGUGGCAGACACUACUCUUCCAGUGGUAACAACGGUGAAAAGUUUAGAUGACAUCGGCCCAGAGUUUAACUUCACAGUGACGGUUUCAACAGGCACCUUCCCUGUCAGCCUCCUGUACCUGACCAUAGCUCUGCCAAUGACCACCAAUGGAGGAAACCAGCUCCUCUAUGUUACCAAUGUGGAUACACAAGCAGGAGGUUCUGUCAGCUGUGACUCCAGCGGCCUGGUUGACCCGCUGAAGAUCGGUGUGAAGAGCCACAAAGUUUCCUUCUCUGAGGAAAACCUCAGAGGCAUGGAGAAACUGGACUGCAAGAAUGCAAAGUGCAAGUAUAUAAAAUGCAUCCUCAAAGACACUGAAGUAAAGAGCGAGUACUUAGUGAAAGUUAAAACCAGGAUCUGGAGUGGAACAUUUAUUACGGCUACCUAUCAGACCAUCGAGCUGACCUCCAGCGUUGAUGUUGAGACCUCCAACCCCGAUUUGCUCAUAAUCGACGUCAAACAGUUGCCAGUGGUGGUGACAAUCAGUAAACCUGGAGAGAAAGGUGAAGUUCCAGUGGGAGUGAUCGUUGGCAGCGUUAUAGCAGGCCUGCUGCUGCUAGCUCUGGCUGUUGGACUGCUGUGGAAGUUUGGAUUCUUCAAAAGAAAAUACCAGCAGCUUCAGAGAGAGGAUGAUGAUGAAGACGGGCAGAGUCACCCACACGUAGAUGAAGUGCUGUGAAGUGAAGAGAAAACCCGCAGCCUUCUCACUCAGCUGGAAAUUUCCAGGGUGAAUACUGGUACCUCUUAUGGGAUCUUGUAAAUUGCAACUGGACUAAAGCUUAAUCACUGGAAACUGGGCAUUUGAAUGAUAUGGAAUCUUUUCCAUUUCUGGAUAACUGGGAUUUGACCCUCUGUCCAUAAUUCAGAGGAUUACUGUUAGUCUCUUCUUGUUUUUGUACAUUCUCAAUUUGUUGUUGUGCACUGACUUUGAAUAAAUGUAAAUAACUAUUUUUUUCAACAUGACAAAACCUUAUAGUAAUGCUUAUUAGGCCGUAGAUGAUAUUUGGAUGCAAAUGUUGCCUGGGUUCAUGGGUUUCACACUGUGUUUCACUGUUUUGAAUACUUCUGGGCAACAUGAUUGAUAAGUAGCAGUUUGAAAUAGAGAUAAUGUUUUAUCAUCAUGAAAAUUGCUCAUUUAACAUACGCUCUAUAGGCAGCCGGUCAUUAACAUAAACUGUCUUGAGAUCUGCUGUCACCACUGACACUCAGGGCUUUUCUUGCAUUAAGACAAAUUAUAUCAGUAGUCCGAAUGCAAAAGGAAACAAUACAGAUCCUGGAAAAUGUUAUGCAUGACAGUAUUCUGUUUCCUUAUGUUUGUACUGUAUAUACUGUAAGAUAAAAUUAUGAACUUUCAGACUGGGUUUUAUACUGUAUAUGAAAAGAUUAGAGGAGUCUAUGAGUCCAUGGAGUAGCUACUUGUGAUGUUGUUCUUUUUAUAUGGAUGAUAUUUUUGUUUGUUACCCUUAGUGGCUCAACUUGUCAGGUAUGAAUAUUAUAGUAGCAUAUUGUUUAAGGCUGCAACUAACCAUUAUUGUCAUGAUUGAGUAAUCUGCUGAUUUUUUGAUUGAUCGAAUAAUGGUUUUGCAAUUUCAGGAAUUAGAAAUGAUCACACUUUUCCAGGUUCCUAGAUUAUGUUUUUAAAUGGGUUGUUUUAUACAACCAACAGUCCAAAACCCACAGAACUUACAUUAAAAUCAUAUAAGUCAAAGAAAAGCAGCAUAGUUUGAAUCGUUAAAUGUUUGCAAUGUUCUUGAAAAAUGACUCAAACCAUUAAAUCGACGAUCAAAACAGUCGCAGAUAAAUUUUUCUCUUGAUCAACUAAUCAAUUAAUUGGUCGAUUAUUUUUGCUCCAAAAGUUUAUUUGUAGGCCAAAAGGACACAAUGCCCUAAAUCAACAAAACACACUGUUCCCCAUGUACAAAUACGGUUCACUACAGAGAUAAAAGUUUGACUCAGACUUUGUUUGCCAAAAGCAACAACCAGAUUAAUUUACUUCUUAAACGGUACCAUUUGUUGUUAGAGGUUUGAUGUGAGAUAAUCCGUCUUUGUGUCAGGCUGUAUUGCCACAGCUUUACCACAAGAUGGCAGCAUGAUAUAAAUGACAUGUUGGCACUGCUCAUUACUUCCUCAAUGCUAUGUAAAUGACUUGAACAGUCCAUAGGACUUUCAUUUAAUAUAUUGUAAUAUAUGACCCAUUUUUAA